GUGAGUGAGAUACAAGUCACCUUUUCUUGGGAAGAACAAAAUAAAAGAAUGGGAGGCAGUGGCUCAAAAGUGGAUCAAACACCAUUUCAGGAAUUGGAAACACCUUGGAGGACAUUUGACUGGAAUCAGAAAAAAGUGCUGAAAGAACGCCUAGAAAGUUUUGCUGUGAGCAAUACAGAUGUAAAGUGCAUCAAGGUCCUAGUAACUGGACAAAUUGGAGCAGGAAAGUCCAGCUUUAUUAACUCUGUCCUCAGUACCUUUCAAGGAGAGAUUGUUUGCGAAGCACUCGCUGAUGCAGUUGACAAGAGUCACAGUUUCACAAAAAAACUCACUACAUAUCGCAUCAAGAGGAAUGAGACUGAAGAUUUGCCUUUUGUCAUCAUUGACAUGAUUGGCAUUGAACCUGAAACAUUGACUGUACAACAAUUAGAGGACAUCAUGAACACUAUACAGGGUCAUGUGAAGGAGAACUACAAAUUCAAAAUAGACAAGCAACUUACUCCCGAGGAUGAGGAAUAUUACAAAAAAGAUGCUGACAUCUCUGACCAGGUUUUCUGCCUGGUUUAUGUCUUGGAUACAAAUUAUAUCGCUACCAACGAUCGACUUUUUGACCAUUUAAGGACAAUCCGCCUGCAAGCCAAUGAUAAGGGGAUUCCUCAAGUCAUUGUCAUGACCAAAGUGGAUGAAGCAUGCCCACUGGUGAAAAAAGAUCUAAGGAAGAUCUACACUAGUAGAAAAAUCAAACAGAAGAUAGAAGUGUGCAGUGCCAGUGUGGGGGUGCCAAUCAGCAACAUCUUUCCAGUAAAGAACUACCACAAUGAGACUGACACAAAUGAUGAUGUUGAUGUUCUUAUUCUAAAGGUUUUUGAUCAGAUUGUGCGUUCUGCUAAUGCAAGAUUGAGAAGAGGUGCUUUCAACUGAUGCUUAAGGUCAAUUAGAUUCAUUUCAUAAAGAAGAUCUAUUGGCCUGGAUGUUGGUGUUUAAGCACAAUUUGACCCCAAAUAUAUACAUGUUUUUUCGAAUAAUAUAGCAAUUGAUCAAAAACAAAAUCUCUCUUCUAAAAAAGAUA